UUCUUCUUCUUUCUCUCUCUCCCGCUCUCUGUAUUGUCGGAAAAGAUGAGCAGCCUCGUCGGAAACCUCCAAUCAUCGGUCUCCGCCGCACGUCUUCCCUUCCCUGCUGCUCCAUCGAUGCCCCCUUCGCCUCCUCCUCUCCUCCUCCGCGCUCUCCCCUCUCGUCUCCGCCGACCCAGUUGCAGCCUCCUCCGUGGCCGCAGGCCCAUCUCGAGUCCUGGAGCGAGCAAUUCGGCGACGGCGCAGGCGGAGGAAGACCAGGUGGGGGUGGAAGUCGCGGAGGGAUACACCGUCGCCCAGUUCUGCGACAGGAUCAUCGACGUGUUCUUGAACCAGAAGCCCCGGGUGAAGGAGUGGAGGAAGUUCUUGGUGUUCCGAGAGGAGUGGAACAAGUACAGGGACAGCUUCUACAGGCGCUGCCGCUCGCGGGCGGACGGCGAGGACGACUUGAAUUUGAAGCAAAGGUAUAUCGCUCUUUCGAGGAAGGUCAAGAAGAUUGAUGAUGAGAUGGAGAGGCACAGUGAGUUGCUUAGGGAGGUACAGGACAGCCCGACGGAUGUCGGCGCCGUGGUCGCACGCCGGCGCAAGGACUUCACGGGAGAGUUCUUUAGUUAUAUCACUACACUUUCGGAAACGUAUGAUAGCUUGGAAGAUCGGGAUGCAUUGGCAAGGCUGGGCGCUAGAUGCUUGUCUGCGGUCAGCGCUUAUGACAACACUUUGGAGACUGUGGAGAAUUUAGACAGUGCUCAAUCCAAAUUCGAUGAGAUACUCAAUUCCCCUUCAAUAGAGGUGGCGUGUGAAAAGAUUAAAAGCCUUGCCAAGGCAAAGGAGCUUGACUCCUCAUUAAUCCUGUUGAUAAAUAGCGCAUGGGCUUCAGCGAAGGAAUCCAAAACCAUGAAAAACGAGGUCAAAGAUAUCAUGUAUCGUAUAUAUAAAGCCACGAAAAGCAGUCUUAGGAGUAUUGCGCCCAAAGAGAUAAGGUUACUUAAGUAUCUGCUGAAUAUUACAGACCCUGAAGAGCGGUUCUCAGCACUGGCAACAGCUUUUUCCCCAGGUGAUGAAAGGGAAGCCAAGGACCCAAAAGCUUUAUACACCACCCCAGACGAACUUCAUAAGUGGAUUAAAAUCAUACUUGAUGUGUACCAUCUUAAUAAGGAGGAUACUGAAAUUAGGGAAGCAAAGCAAUUGACUGAACCUGUCGUUAUUCAAAGGCUUUUCAUCCUGAAGGACACAAUUGAAGAGGAAUACUUAGAGAAAGACAAAUCUCAGACAGAUAAGAAGGACGAGGAUGAAAAAUUCAACUUAUGAGCCUGAGCAGCUUAAUUUUUGCAGAUGGAGAUGCCUGUUAAGUUCACCUGUUCAUGGUCUCAAGCACCCAUUGAUCUGGCUGGUCCAUGUCGAAGAAUGGUGUAGCACGAACUCAUCAUGAAGCAUCAUUUGGAUCCCAUGUGUUCUGCUCUCUGGUAGGAAAGAAGAGGCCGCACCGGUGAGGUCGACGACGUUCAGAUUCACUUGUGUGAAGCAAUGUGAUGCUACUUGCAAUAUUUAGCUCAUGCCAGUUCCAAGAUGCAAAACAUCUAAUGGAGGAGCUUACGAGCUCACUAGGAAGCGACAUGAGAUGGAGCCAUACUGGGUAUUAGGAUGUGUGUUGUAUGAGUCAUUCUUUGAUGUCCAAGAUCCGACAGACUAGCAAUGGAGCCAUACUGGGUAUUAGGAUGUAUGUUGUGUGAGUCAUUCUUUGAUGUCCAAGAUCCGACAGACUAGCAAUAUUUUGACAAUGUCUUACUUCGGCACGAGGUCAAACCUAAUGAUGUGGUGUUUGUCUGUCAGGAGUUAGUCCCUGUAAGGUUCUGCUGUACCGUUUAGGUCUUUGACAUGUCUGCUCUGCGGUGAAUGAAACAACCUUUUUUACUCCCAUAAGCUUGUUGAUGUAAUUCACACCCUAA